UCAAGUGUGUAGGUAGCGCAGUAGGCAAGGCACUUGUUUAUUGUUGUUAUCACUGUUAUUUGCGUAGUAGCCAAAAUAGUAAUAAUAAUAAUUCUGAGUUUCCCUGACGAGCGGUGUUCCUAGUAGUGUUUUCUCAAUUCGUCAAUUAUUAGAUAAUUUUAUGUAAUUUGUGAUAGACACUUCUCCAGAACUAUAAUCAAACUAGAGUAUAGGCCUAAGCUAUGUGUUAUCAACAGCUCAACUGUGAGGUUAUGCUUGGCAAGUUAGGUAUUGUUUGUUUCUUAAAAUAAUUGAAAUUGAGUAUGCCUCCCGAAUUGAAUCACAUAUCAGUUAUCCAAAAACUUAAUUAUCACACCAGUGAUGUUACGACUUGCGAUUUUGGAAAAGAUUUGCAUCUAGCCAGUGGUUCUGGUGACAAAAGCGUCUGUGUAUGGGAAUGGAAACCUGGUCUAGGCUUUGUCGAUACCACCUACUCUCCAUUAACAGGACACAAAUAUUCAGUGACAAGUGUGCGAUUUUCUCCCGAAGGAUCCCUCCUUGCAUCUGCUUCCAUUGAUGGUACUGCUAUCGUCUGGAAUGUCAAGACUGGUGAGAGUAUAACAACAUUUGUUCAUUCUGGUGGGAAUGGAGUGCGGACUUGUUGCUUUUCGAAGAACAAUUUUCUUGCCACAGCUGGUGAUGAUGGAACAAUUUGUCUCUGGGAUCUGUUGAGCCGAUCUCUUGUAAGAUCUGUUGUUGGACAUGAGGAAACAGUUCAGUCAAUCUGUUUCUCGCCAGACUCUGCGUGUCUUCUGACAGGGGAUGUCGGUGGCCAGUUGAAGUUAUGGAGUAGUACUUCAUUCAGUGGCUGCCUGUCUGUUAUCAAUGAUGCUCAUGACCUUGGAGUACUGGGUAUUGAUUUUGCACCCACCUAUCAACAAUCAUCUGCUGGUAAAAAUCGAAGCAGAGUUUUCAAGGUGCUAAGUUGUGGAACAGAUCAUUUGGUGAAGUUAUGGAAUGUGUAUUAUAUGGAAAACGAACAACUCGAUAGGAGUGGAAGUUUCGAAUGCAUAGCUCAGUUCGCGGGUCAUUCAUCAGCAGUGACCGGUGUUUGCUUCGAUGGCACAGGCAGUUUUGCUGCGUCAUCUUCACUUGAUAAGACAGCCAGGCUGUGGGACAUAACAACGAAGAAAUGUUUGAAAGUACUUGAGGGGCACUCCAGGUUUGUCGCUUGCUGUGCUUUCUCUAGGGAUCAGACUUUACUGGCAACGGGUUCUAAUGAUAAAUCGUUGCUUAUUUGGGCAUUGAUGGGUUCUAUAUCAAUAGAGUCUUGCCUGGUUAAACCGAGUAAUCCAGCCGCUAGUAAAGGGAGAGAAGAAACUGUUAUGAAAAAGGCUCUGAUGGAAAAUAAUCAGGUCAAAUUAUGGCAGAGACUUGACACAACAAAUAAUUGCUUCAACAGUUGUGAUUUCCUCGGAAACUGUCUGUUAGCUGCUGGUGGAAGUGGAAGGAACGUUUUGUUGUGGAGGAAAAAGAAUGAUCGUUUCGUUGAAGCAGAUCUGUCCCCUUUGGAAGGCCAUCGAUACACCAUAAACCAACUGGAGUUCUCUUCCGAUGGAAAGCUACUUGCCACAUGCUCACUGGAUGGUACAGCUCUCAUUUGGGAUGUUCAGACGGGCUCUGUUCUGAGGAAUGGAUUCCAGGUUUCUGGUGGAGGAAUGAGAACUGCGAGAUUUUCUCCUGAUUGUAGGUUAUUGAUAACAGGUGGCGAUGAUGAGCUUGUCUCCAUCUACCGAACUGAUACCUGCGAACUAGUAAUUGUGGUGUCUUUUCAACAAAUGCAAUCACCAAAAAAACCACCAUAUGGAGUGAUUCCAGAAUACGAAGAAGAGGAGGACAAAGAAGAAGGAGAGGCGUUUCAACAAGACGUUACCAUCAGCCCUUUGGAGCAGAAACAGAACCAGGAGGUGGAGCUGCAAAAAGUUUUCAUUGAUUAUUUCAUUAAUUAUUGUUGUUUAGAUGGCGAAAAACGCUACCUACUGGCAACAUGUGGAAACGAUUCGUUGGUGAAGAUGUGGCAGAUCCAAGUGAUUGAUGAGCUGUCGGCCAAAGUCACCCUGAGCUGUCAGUUAUCUGGUCAUGGGGGAAACGUCACGUGUGUUCGAUUCUCUCCCGGCCAAUCAGAGGUUUUGGCAUCAACUGCUACUGACAAGACAUGUCGUAUCUGGGAUGCUUAUACUGGAGAGUGUGUUCAUGUACUUGACCAGCAUGAUAGUGUUCUUACGUGUUGCGCCUUCUCUGCAGAUGCUUCAUUCCUUGCUACAGGAUCUCUUGAUAAAAGUGUACUAGUCUGGGAAUUGCCAAAAGAACUAGCUUUCCAGAACUUUGUGGCUUCAAGAGUCAAAGAUUUUCAAAAGGAAACGGACAGCAAAGCAGAGUAUGUGAGUGGAGUUGUGAAGUUAUUCACAGAAGAAAAUCUACCCCCUCCAGAUCUGGAUGAAAUAAAUCUGUAUGAUGCGUCUCCGAAUGAAAUUCUCCAGAAAUAUGAAAUAGAUGAGGACUUGCGCAAUAAAAUGUCUACAAGACUUGUUGUACUCAUGAGAAGAGAGAAAGCUUCUACGCUUAACACUCCUGAAGAAUUCACUUGUCCAAUCACUCAUCAGCUGAUGAGAGAACCAGUUAUGUGUGUUGAUGGCUAUAAUUACGAAAGGUCAGCUAUAGAAUCGUGGUUUGCCAGUGGUCGAGAAACAAGUCCUAUGACCAAUGCAGCAGUCCAGUCCACUACGCUUAUACCUAAUCAGAAACUCCAGCAAGCAAUAUCGGAAUUCCUCAAUCAUUAAGUUCACUGAUUGUUAAUAUUGUGUAAAACAUUCCACAAUCAUGUGAUCGCCUUGCAACAGCACGCUUAUUUUCAACGACACGGAGAAAUCGAUUGUAGAAAACUAUUUUAAAAUGAUGUUCCAAAAAUUGACAGUUUUCUACAAAUACGAAUUGUCUACGUAUAUUCUAAAUAUUAACACCAUGCAAUAUUAUUCCGUAUAAUAAUAAUUAUUUAUUGUCAAUUGUUGUUACUAUUGUAUUCACUAAUUGUUCUGUUUUUAAUAUUGUGUAUUGUAAAUUUUGAAUAUUUAAAUAAAUCGUUCGAUGUAGCAAUGCA